ACCUUGAGUUUCUAUUCUAUUCGUUUUAGUCGUAACCCAUUUACAUAGAGCGUUAGAAGUGUUUAUAAUAGUUGAUUUUUACUGAUUUUGCUAUCGACUUUACGAUUUUUGCAAUAUUUUAUUGAAUUGUGCGAUUGUGUAUUGCGGAAUGAGUGUUAGAAGUGCUAAGUAUAGCUGCAAGGUCAUGGAGUUACCGUCUAGACGCGGAGCUAACCGCACCAACAGUGGAGAAUGUCCGCGUGGUGGUGCGUGUGCGCCCCAUGGACGCGCGGGAGAAGCUGGACGGCGCGUACGCCUGCGUUUCGUGCGACCCUGUCAACAACACGGUGGCUGUCACGCGCCACAACGCGACGCCACCCGAGCCACCGCGCGUGUACGCCUACGAUGCUGUCUUCGAUACCAGCACUAGCCAGAUGGACAUCUACGUCCAGACGGCAAGCCCGAUCGUGGAGCAGGUGCUGAAGGGCUACAACGGCACGAUCUUCGCGUACGGCCAGACCGGCACCGGGAAGACUUACACCAUGGCCGGCAGCAACACUGCGCCCGAGCUGCGCGGAAUCAUACCCAACUCUUUCGCGCACAUCUUCAGCCACAUCGCCAAGGCCAAUGACGAUGAGAAGUUCCUGGUGUGCGUGACGUACCUGGAGAUCUACAACGAGGAGGUGCGCGACCUGCUGGGCAACAACCCGCACCAGAGCCUCGAGGUCAAAGAGCGGCCAGACAUCGGCGUCUUCGUUAAAGACCUUACUGGCUACGUGGUGCACAACGCGGACGAACUCGAGAAGAUAAUGGGUGUGGGGAACAAGAAUCGGCACAUCGGCGCGACCGCCAUGAACACGGAGAGCUCGCGCUCACACGCCAUCUUCUCCAUCACCGUGGAGAGCAGCAAGCGAGGCGUCGACAACAAGACGCACGUCAAGAUGGGCAAGCUGCACCUGGUCGACUUGGCGGGUUCUGAACGUCAAAGCAAGACGCAAGCAACAGGCACCCGCCUCAAGGAAGCGACCAAGAUCAACCAGUCGCUGUCAGUGUUGGGUAACGUGAUCUCGGCGCUGGUGGACGGCAAGUCGACGCACAUCCCCUACCGCAACUCGAAACUGACGAGACUGCUGCAGGACUCGCUUGGCGGCAACUCCAAGACUGUCAUGAUAGCGACCAUCGGGCCGGCGGACACCAACUAUGUGGAAACUAUCAGCACGCUCCGCUACGCCAACCGAGCUAAGAACAUCGAGAACAAGACCCACGUGAACAGCGAGCCUGGCGACGCGCUGCUGACCCGCUUCCAGCAGGAGAUCGACCAGCUCAAGAAGCAGCUCGAGGAGGCCGCCAAUGAACUAGAAGAAGAAUGUGAAGAGGAGGAGGAAGGCAGCGAGGAGUUGUCUGACGACACGCUGACGGAGCCCGAGGUGGACGACCUCGACCCCGAGGAGAAGAAGCAGCGCCGCCGGCUGCGACGAGAGGAGAAGGAGAAGCUCAACCGUGAGAAGGCUCACCAGGCCCGCAAGGUUCUGGAGGAGAAGAAGGCUGAACUGCAAAGAACCAAGAAACAGCAAGAAGAACUGAAGGACAAACUCCAACGCCUCGAGUCUAAGGUCCUCGUCGGCGGCGAGAACUUGCUAGACAAGGCUGACACCCAGCGGCGCUUGUUGGAGCAAGCGACGCGCGAGCUGGAACAGCGGCGUCUCAUCGAGCUGCGGCUACAAGAACACCUGCAGAAGAAGGAGGCCGAACGUCUCGACCUAGAAGAGCGCUACUCUAGCCUCCAAGAAGAGAACGCAGCUAAGACGAGGAAGCUGAAACGCGCGGUGCAGCUGCUCAACUCCGCGAAGACCGAGCUGGCGGACCAACAGCGGGAGCAGCAGCGGGAGAUGGAAGGCAUCCUGGACAGCGUGCGGGCCCUCAAGAGGGAGAUACAGCUGGCCGACCUCGUGCUCGACUCGUACAUACCCAAGGAGUACCAGGCGCUGAUCUCCCAGUACGUGCACUGGAACGAGCAGCUGGGCGAGUGGCAGGUGAAGUGCGUCGCGUACACCGGGAACAACAUGGCGGCGCCCGCGCAGCAUCCGCCCGCCACACAUGCUAAACAUCCGGAGCCCCCCGACCUGUCGGAGCGCUACCUGUCGUACUCGGCGGUGAGCGGCCGCGCCACGCGCCUCGCGCGCCCGCACACCUCGGCCGUGCCGCGCCCGCACACCGCGCUGCGGCAACGGCAGUAGACGGACUAAGAUACUGCUAAAACGUCACAUUGGAGCGAUGAGAGACUUUCCAAUCGGCGUUACCCCAAAAUACAAUAGAUGGCGUUGUUAAGCUUUUUCUUCGUUUAAACUUCUUUAGUUCAUGGAGGAACAGACAUAUGCAUCUUUUAUCUUUGGGUAUAAAUGAUGACCCUUUUCAUUAACAAUUACAACUUCCAUCCAUUAUUAUUCUGAUCAAAAUAAAGAGAAGCAAUAUUGGUAGCAAUAUCAUUCUAUACUU